GGCGGGCCAACCAAUAGCGAGUCGCCGGGGGCGGGGCCAGGAGGCCGGCGGCGGAGGAGGUCCCGGGAGCCGGCUGAGCGCUGGGCAGGGGGCGGCGGCGCGCGCGCUUCCAGGCCGUUUCGGAUGUUCUGUAUCAACGAGCCGCUUAGAGCCCCGGCCCAGUGACCACAGACCUCCUCAGGCAUUUCUGGGUCUUGGAGCAGCAUCGCGGAGCAGACCCCGCUCUCUCUCAGGCGACUGUGGAUAUGUGCCAGGGGCCCACCCCUGAGUCCAGAUGACACUCAUGCCGAUGGCUUCCGUGAUGGCGGUGACUGAACCAAAAUGGGUCUCCGUGUGGGGCCGCUUCCUGUGGAUGCUGCUGCUGAGCGUGGCGCUGGGGUCCCUGCUGGCCCUGCUGCUGCCGCUGGGGGCCGUGGAGGAGCAGUGCGUGGCCGUGCUCAAAGCCUUCUACCUGCUCCGGAGCAAGCUGGACAGGGUACAGCAUGCCGUCACCAAGUGCACCAGCCCGUCCACGGAGCUCAGUAUCACCUCCAGGGACUCGGCACUGCUGGUGGUCAAGACCAAGGCCUCUCCGGCUGGAAAGUUGGAAGCCAAAGCGGCUUUGAACCAAGCCCUGGAAAUGAAACGCCAGGGCAAGCGGGAGAAAGCCCACAAGCUCUUUUUGCACGCCCUCAAGAUGGACCCGGACUUCGUAGACGCGCUCAAUGAGUUUGGCAUCUUCUCAGAAGAAGACAAGGACAUCAUCCAGGCGGAUUACUUAUACACUAGAGCACUGACCAUCUCGCCCUACCACGAGAAGGCGCUGGUCAACCGGGACCGGACGCUGCCGCUGGUGGAGGAGAUCGACCAGAGGUACUUCAGCAUCAUCGACAGCAAAGUGAAGAAGGUCAUGUCCAUCCCCAAGGGCAACUCCGCGCUGCGCAGGGUCAUGGAGGAAACGUACUACCAUCACAUCUACCACACGGUCGCGAUCGAGGGCAACACCCUGACCCUCUCGGAAAUCAGGCACAUCCUCGAGACCCGCUACGCCGUGCCGGGGAAGAGCCUGGAGGAGCAGAACGAGGUCAUCGGCCUGCACGCAGCCAUGAAGUACAUCAACACGACGCUGGUCUCCCGCAUCGGGUCCGUCACCCUCAGCGACGUGCUGGAGAUCCACAGGCGGGUGCUGGGCUACGUGGAUCCGGUGGAAGCCGGCAGGUUUCGGACAACACAGGUCCUCGUGGGCCACCACGUCCCUCCGCAUCCUCGGGAUGUGGAGAAGCAGAUGCAGGAGUUCAUCCAGUGGCUCAACUCCGAGGACGCCAUGAACCUGCACCCGGUGGAGUUUGCAGCCUUGGCCCAUUAUAAACUCGUUUACAUACACCCUUUCAUCGACGGCAACGGAAGGACCUCACGCCUGCUCAUGAACCUCAUCCUGAUGCAGGCGGGCUACCCGCCCAUCACCAUCCGCAAGGAGCAGAGAUCCGAGUACUACCACGUGCUGGAGGUCGCCAAUGAGGGCGACGUGAGGCCGUUCAUUCGCUUCAUCGCCAAGUGCACGGAGACCACCCUGGACACCCUGCUCUUUGCCACGACGGAGUACCCGGUGGCACUGCCGGAGGCCAGACCCAACCACUCUGGCUUCAAGGAGACGCUGCCUGUGAAGCCCUAACUCUUAAGUCCUCCCUUGGUGACAAGGGAUGUCCCAGGGGGAAAAAAAAUCAAAGAAACUUAGCAUUUCUAGAAACCCUGUCGUCUCCCAAAGCAAAAGGAGAUGGAUAAGGAACGUAAACAUUCUUUACCUCCAAAUGUUUUUUUAGUUAAAAAAAAAAAACUAAAUUAUUAAGCCUUGUCUCUAAGAUAACUUAUGAUUCAGCCAAGUUAUUUAUUUUCUUCUUUUGAGCUUGUAAAUGUGUGGUGUCCACUGUCGGUGCCGGUGGCCCCUAUUCUUGUGGUGGUCCCAGCAGGCUUGGGGGCUUUAGUGCCCCUCGUGUGACGGGAACACAGGUUCUGGAGCAGAAUUUGCACUCGGGUGGGGGAGAGGCCAGGGGCUGUGUGACGACGUCUGGAGCCGCAGGACUAACUCCUCGCAGCCUUUUUGUGAAACUGGCUGAGCAGCUCUGACGUCACCCGGGAGCUCAGCACUCCUGGGGAGAACCCAGUCCCAGCUUUGAGAAGUGACUGAAAGCUUGCUUUCUAGAGGUUUCUGCUGCCCUCCCGAGAGAUGAGUGUGGUGACUAAUUCUUGCUGGUGGAGCAAACUUUCGAGAUAGGGAAUGAAUGUUGACCACCUUUCUUACUACAUACCUUGCUUCUUUCAAGGAAGAUUCGUUGAGCCAUAGUUAGUUGUACACUCUAGGACCAGAGGCUGUUAUUUUUCCAUAUCAAGAAUAUUUUUCUAGUUAAGACUAGGGGAGAGGCCAGCCUGGUUUUCUUUUAUAUUGUGAUGUUUCUCGCACUUCAUUUGCAGCAACUCAGACCAGAGGUUUUAAUCUAAAAGUCCUCUGGGUUUGUCACCCAACAAGUAAAUCAUGCUGCAAAUCAGGUCCUGUGCAAGUGGGCAGUCUGCCCUCAGCCCCACUGAGUCUAACAUCCCUUUUAGGUAUGUGUUAAAGAACACAUCUGGGAAAACAGAUGCCAUGUCAACACCAAAUAAGCAUUUUUGAUAAUGAAUCAGGGUGCCAGUUUCUACUGAACCAAGUAAAAACCUCUGACCACGGCCAGGAUGUGUCCCUUUCGUUAUGCAGUUUUAUCCCGGCUGGCCUGACCCCCCACCUCCCACAGCCAUUGUACUGUCCAGCGUCCCUUCGGGGAAGCAGAAUAGAUUGCCUUGGGGUGGCCUUGCUUUCCCAGUAACUUGGAAAGCGCUGUGUGUCAGACAGGCCAGUUUCCAAGCUGUCACUCUAGGGAAGUGGAAAGAAGCUUCUCUCUCUCACACGGCGCAGGUGCCAACACAACUGCUGCUACUUUGAGUCAGAACGGUCGCAAGUCACUGGGCUCCUCUUCCAGUGACGGAGCCCGUGACGCCUGACACUGUCCUGCGCUUCGUCCGUGUCUGAAUGACGGCGAAUGCAUAAAAGUGUUGUCUCUGAUUUGAGAAUUCCGAUCCUGACAGUAAUGAGAUCACUAUUCUAGUGUAGCAAGUGUCUGUGGUUAUUUAAUUGUAUAAUCAGCACAGAGGAGUUUUGUGAAAGAUUAAGAAAAAUAAGUGAAAAGAUGUAUGAAAUGGCCCCAAGGGCUAGGUAUUCAGACCUUUAUGAAAAAUAUUUUCAUACUUGUAUGCUGCCAUAAGGUGUUUCUUAAACCUUAACCCUUCUACCCUCUUGGCUUAUAAGCACACCAAGGAAGCCUGAGAGAAAUGCCUGCUCUGUAUGUAGAGAGAAACUGCACUUUAGCUGUAUGUGAAGCUUAUUUUAGCCAGUUAAUAAAGUAUUUUAUUACAUAA